GACCAACCUGCCCAAGGAGGUGAUGAUGUUCCCUGACUUCCCGUUUGACUCGAGUCUGAACAGCUUCCUGCCCCACCACGAGGUCCAGCGCUACCUGGAGAGCUACUGCCAGAGCCACGCCAUCGGGCCGCACAUCAGGUUCAACACAGCAGUGGACAGCGUAUGCCUAUCGUCUCAGCACUACUCCGACCCCCACAUCCCCUCCAUCCCCGGGAUACACAACUUUAAAGGGGAGGUGCUCCACAGUCAUUCGUACCGGUACGCGGAGCCGUACGCGGGUCAGACGGUGGUGGUUCUGGGCGCCAAAGCUUCAGGAUUGGACAUUUCCAUUGAACUGGUUAAAGUUGGUGCAAAGGUGACCCUGAGUCAUCGUCUCCCCCGUAUCACCUAUCCUCUCCCUGAUGGGAUCCAGCAGUCCAGUCCGGUGGUGGCGGUCGAAGACGACGGCAGACUGCGCUUCCAGGACGGCUCGGUGAGCGCCGCGGACGUCCUGCUGCUCUGCACCGGCUACAACUUCCGGUACCCGUUCCUGGACGGGCGCCAGCUGGGCCUGGAGAUCCAGGACCACGUCAUGACUCCGCUGUACCGCUUCCUGACGCCGCCGGCCUUCCCCUCGCUCUUCUUCAUCGGCAUCUGCAAGAUGGUCUGCCCCUUCCCCAACUUCAACGUCCAGGUGCAGUUCUGCCUGUCGGUGCUGGACGGCUCGGUAGCGUUGCCGUCCCGCGGCGAGAUGGAGCAGGAGGUGCGCCAGGAGCUGCAGGAGAAGCUGUCCCGCGGCGUGGAGCAUCGCCACCUCCACGUGAUGCAGCUGGAGCAGUGGGACUACUGCGACGCGCUGGCGAGCAUCGGCGGCUUCGCGCCGCUGCCGCCCGUCGUCCGCAGCCUGUACGAGGAGGUGUGGCGGCAGCGCGGCGUUCACCCGCAAAGAUACCGAGACUGCAACUACCGGCUGGUCAGCGCCGCGCGCUGGGAGGCGCUCAACUGACGCACGCUGGAGUUUUCGGGAGUUUUUAUAUCAGAAAUAUGUGGGAUUCUUUCAACCUAAUCGGCUCCAAAAUGACCAAUACAUGGACUCCAGUGGAAGGUUGGCUGUUUGAUCAUUCAGGUUUACUACAAUGAUGUGUGUGUGUGUGUGUGUCUGUGUGUCUGUGUGUCUCUGUGUGUGUGUGUGUGUGUGUGUCUCUGUGUGUGUGUGUGUGUGUGUGUCUGUGU